ACCACCCAGCUUGCUUGCCCUGGUGCUUUCAUGUCUUUUAAGUCUUUAUCCUUUAUGUAUUGGUGUUGUAGCUAUUGGACCCAAAUAGUAUCUUUUUCUGAGAUAUUGUCUAUAAUAGUUUCAGUAUUGUUGCUUUAUUCCAUAAAGUGAAGUUGAGGAUAUUUAUUCCACCAGUUGAUCUUGGUUGACAAACUGUUUCCCAAGCAAUUGGUGUUCUGUUCACAUUCUCCUUUAAUCCAUGCCAGAGGAAAUUCCUGCACACUGUUGUGACUAACUUAAGCACUUUUUUUGGAAGCAGAAAGAUUUGGGCCCAGUAGGGUCCAACACUCCAACUAUUUAGGAAAAAAUGGCAGGAGACGAUGAACAAAGACUCAAGAUUCGCCUUUGUCUUAAAUCUCAAAGUUCCUUCAAUAAUUAUUCCAAUUGGAAACACAAGCUCAGAGAAAAUUGCUACAGAAGGGUCCGAGAAGAUCGAAGCCGCCUUCUUUGGAAAUUAAGGUUCGCCAACGACCAACAACACAAGAAUCUCAUCAAGUCAUCUCUAGAGGACAUAGUUUCUGAUGAAAUACAGAAAUUUAAGAACUCAUAUCACAGCACGAGUCUUGAUAAUUCAAAAUUCUCCCCAGCAUCUGAUGAUACUAUAUGGGAAUAUGAUGGCCUUGAUGAAGCUUAUCAAGGUGAUUGUGAGGAAAUGUUGCUCGAAAUGCAGAGGAUUUUUUAUGAAGAUCUCAGGGUGGAAGAAACAAAAGAACAAGGUUCUACUGGAACUUGGGAAGAUGAAGAAGACGAGUAUUUGGCUUGUGCAGUAUUCGAGCACAUGACCCUCAACGAGAAGGGCGGCAAAGAGGUUUGGUGUCCCAUCUGCAAGCAAGGGGAGUUGAAAGAGAACUGUCAUCUUAUCUGUUGCACUCUUUGUGGACUUAGGCUCAACAGAGAUGAUGAGGUCAAUGUAGAAGUAUUACGAAAUAGAUUGGCUGAAGCUCAUUCAAACCAUCUUGAUCAAGGAUGCAGGUUAAAGCCUAAAUUUUGUGUUGAAACUAGAUUUACUCUGAAUGCACUGUACAUUACCUGUCAGGGAUGUGGCAUGUUUGAGAUUGUUAUAUAGGCAGUUUCUUCUUAAGCUAUGUUCUCUUCCUUCUUGAUGCUCUUCCUAUGAUUGUAAUGGUUGUAUCAUUCAAGUGGGGACACGUUCAGUUAUAGUUGAUAUAUUUGCUUAAGUUGAUCCGCGAGGUGGAGGAAAAAACUAUUUAUCUUGUUUU